AUGGAUGCCGGUUACCGAACACAGCAAGAACAGAAGUCUGUUCAUGAGAACACCACUUACCGAACACAGCAAUACAGAAGACAGAACUCCAUUCGUACGGACGCCAGUUACCGAACACAGCAAGACAGAACUCUGUUUGUGAGAACGCCGCUGCUUCCAUGUGUGACCACACAGGAGGUAGAGCAUCAGGAGAAUCAAAGGGCACGCGUGCGCCAAAAAAGAGCCCUUUAA